UGCCCCAGCCUCCCCCACCCACCAGGGUCUCCUCUCCCCUCCCUCCAGUGGUCUUCAGACCCCAGAGUGUCUCUCUAGAGAGGGAUCUCCGCUGUCUCACCACCACGACCUCGCUCACAAACUGGCCUCCGUACCAGAGUACAGAUAUACACAGAGCGCCCCAGGUUCUCCAGUACAUGGCCAGCCUGUGAUCAUGGCCGCCCCGCCCCACCCCCUGCCCUCGGGGAUGGGUAAACCCCUGGCCUUGUUCUCGGGCCCCGGAGUCGCUGGGGGACAGACCCUCCACAUGCUGCAGAGCCCACCCAACACCCUCACCAUGCUCCGUCUGGUCACCACGGCUACGGCCUCCCACCCCCCAAACGGGUACAUCCUCACCCCCGGCGGGGGCCAGAGUCGUGGUAAUACCGGCGCUGGCCAGCAGGGAGCAGAGGGCACCGGCGAGCAGAGAGACUCGCAGCAGCAGAACAGGGAGCGAGUGAUCCAGUCGUUGGAGGGAGCUCAACAGGGGGCAGAGGGGCGUGGCCUAUCUCUGGGGCUGCACCAACUUCCUGUCCGCCCUGUCACUCAGAACGGCAAACACACCGCCGCCGUCGCCGCGGCUACCGGCGUCGCCAACGCUUACGCUCUGACCAGUCCUCUCCAGAUCCUGGCAGCCCAGGCCUCCAGCUCCCCCCCAGUCCUGGUGAGCAGACAGCCCAGCGCGGGGCCUGAUGUUGGGCCGGAGGUGCCAGGCGACCCCCAGGCUAAGAGGCCUAAGAUGGAGGAGGACGAGGCGGCUCCUCCCCAUUCAGCAGCCAGUCAUCGUGGCCAUGAGUUCUCAGCCACACGACAACAGAAUGUAGAACUGCUGAACUCUAACCCCUGACCUGGUGUCUAGAGG